AUGCGUAUGGUACAAGAUAUCUUGGAUUUUGGCACGGCAUGGAUCGACUUUACUGCCUUAGAUGCCUUCAAUCAGCUCGCAGCCUCAGGAAUCAAAACACAAAUCUUUUUCGAAGGCCGAGGCGCGGGAAAUAGUGCUCUCUCUAGAUAUUGUUUACUUCCAGACGCCCAAUUACCUCAUCGGCACCUGGAUCACACAUUAAGAGACAAGAUUCUUGCGCUGGUCUUGAGUACCUGCAACCGUGAAGCUUUUGACGAUGUUGCAUCAUCCUUUCCGAGUCCAGAAUUGCUUAACAGUCUGAUGGAAUACUAUUUAACAAUACACUUUGCUCAAGUCGACUCCUGGCUCCAUUUGCCGACAUUUGAGAUCGGCAAGCAAGGAGUCGAGUUGAUACUUAUGAUAAUAUCAGCCGGUGCUGCGGCUUGCUUGACGACAGAAAUGCGGAGGCUUGGACUUGCUCUACAGGAAGUGGUAAGACAGGCACUCGUGCAAAAGUUUGAAGAGAACAACGGUCUUCCUGAAGACCUAGCAAGCCUCCAAGCAUUUGUACUCCAACUGCAAGUCGGCCUAUGGAGCGGUGACAAGCGAAAGAUUCAAAUAGCGGAGAGCUCUGUCCAGCCUCUCAUCACUAUGUUGAGACGGAGUGGACGCUUCAGGCGUUCGACGAGUUUCCCGUCUCCCCCAACUCUCGAUGACUCUCACAAGAUCCUCGAAUUUAAAUGGAGACAAUGGGCACAUACCGAAUCCUAUAAACGAUUGGCGUGUCGUUUGUUGAUCUACGAUGCGGAAUCUUCAAUAGCUCUUCAGGUGCCUCCACUUCUAUCUCCGACAGAAAUUACACUAGAACUCCCUUGUUCUCGAGAACUAUGGUGCGCAAACAACGCACAGGAGUGGCGGUCACUUUACCUAAGACAGGGUAACUCAGUGCAAGACAGAGGUUUAUCCGUCUCGCAAUGCAUCAGCAGUGUGUCACAACUCAGACAUCAACCUAAUUUGGAUAUCGCAUACUCAACAACAGUAGUUGUCUACAGCUCCUGGGCCUUGGUCUGGAAUCACGCGCAACUCAAUUCUUUGAUUCGAUCCCAACCCCAGCAUCAAGCACUUUCGGAGGUCUCCAUGUCAAGCUCGCGGGAUCGAGGACUUCCCCGACUUCUUGAGCAGCUGCGCAUCACAUUUGCGGAUUGGAACGAGUUAUUCCCACCAGAGAUGUCUCUUGUGUUGGAAAGGACACUUCUCGAUUUGUAUAUUUCCUUUGAACAAAUUCGGCUGUUCGCUGGCAGAGAAGGAGAAGAAAAGGCUCGCCGAGCCUGGUCUGUUUUGCGGCAGUGGGCUUCCAGCAGCUGUGCUCGGAAAGCCGUGUGGCAUGCUGGCCAAGUGUUGAGAGCGGCAAGUCGGUGCCGGGAAUAUCUUCGAGAAUUCCAAGCCAUAUGUCUAUAUCACGCCGGGAUCUCCUUUUGGACAUAUGCCCUAGCUUCCACGUCUGCUUCUCCGAAAGACUCCGAACCUGUGUGGCUGGAUGGGAAUCAAUGUCCCGCUGUCGAAAAAUUCAUCGCUCUCAAUCACGGCAGCCCGGUCAUAUCAGACUACACGAGGGAGCCUAUGAGCAAUAAUGUGGCAGUCCAUAUCAGCAACCCAAAGGCGGUCAUGGAUAUGUGCAUACAGUUGCUGAGAAAGAAUUUUCCCGAGGAAACAAACCGAACUGGCUUACCCUUGGUGGAAAACCUUAGUCGACUCAUGUACGAUCUAGGCAAUGCCGCCCAAAUGUUGCUGUAUAAGAAUCCAACAGGCUCCAAGGAACCGCAUAUCAGGGAACCGUCGAAGUUGAGAACUUGGAUGAAAUCGGAGGCUGAGUGGUCCGCAGACCGAAAAGCUUGA